AUGCUUUCGGAUAUUCCUAACUCUGAAGAACCAGAAUUUUGUUUUCAAUUUGCCUUUCCACAGGAUUAUACACACGAGUUUAAUAAAACCAAAGCCAAUUUUAUCGCAAUCCGAGAACGUGAAGACUUGUUGGGAUCAGUUCGGAAGGACAUUGAAUCUUACAAAAGUGGGUCAGGAGUUAACAACAGGAGAACAGAACUGUUCUUAAAAGAGCAUGAGCACCUUCGAAACUCAGAUCGGUUGAUAGAAGAUACAAUAAGCAUCGCUAUGGCAACAAAAGAAAAUGUGACAUCACAACGAGGAAUGCUGAAGUCAAUACAAAGUAAAGUGAACUCCUUGGCCAACCGAUUUCCUGCCAUUAACAACCUGGUUCAGAGGAUAAAUUUGAGAAAACGCAGGGACACGUUAAUCUUGGGAGGUGUUAUUGGCAUUUGUACUAUCCUAUUACUACUGUAUGCUUUUCACUGAUGCAUUUCCAUAAGAUAUCUCCACAGCUGUAAAGCACUGGGGAGAGUGUGAUGGGGAGCUUGUGGACCUGCAUAUAUUGCCUGGAUUGUGAGUAUGAUGGAUUUAGGUUACACUGGAAUACUUUAAAAGAGAUUCCUGCAGGCUACAGUUGUGAUUGGUUUAUGAUAAAAUGUUAAACCUCAGAUUUUUAAUUAAUUAUGCUCUUGGAAUAUAUAAUUUUGAAAUAUAGCUCAUUACAUUUUGUGAAAGAAUGCAUUAGAAUGUGGUCUGUUAACACUUCUUCCUGCAUCUCAGUUAUCCAGAUUGAAAGUUACUGUAUCAUUUCUGAGCAAUUACAAAGACCAAAUUAGAAAAGAAAAAUCAGUUCUUUGAAUCAUAUAUCUUGAUGCAUUGACUUGUGUAUUUUCAAGAGCAUAUAUAAUGUGUACAUAAAAUUACUUUCGUACACUGUGGUCCUGCAGAACAUUUGUAUAUUCGUAUUCUGUGUAAGUCAUGGUUUUGCUCCUUUUGAUGGCUUUGCAUGUCCAUUGUCUGCUCUCUCACCCAGAUAAGUGCAAAAGCCAAAUGUUUUGAAAACUGGAAAUCUGAAAUAAAAACAUAAAAUGUAAAAAUACCUAGGUCCAGCAGCGUCUGCAGAGAGGAAAAUAAAAGUAGUGUCAGGUGAAUGACUUUUCAUUAAAGCCAGUUCCAAUGAAUGGUUGCAAGCUGAAACAUCAGCUCUCUAUCUCUCUCCAGGAUGUUGCUGGAAUAUUUUCUGGUUUACUCAGAUGAAUGGUUUUGAUUCAACUGAUUUGGUUGCAGAGCAGCCUUUGCCAAGACCAAGAAGCAAAUACCACACUUAGCCAUUCUCUUGGAAAUAUGUAGAAGUCGUGAAGAGAAAACAAAAGCAAAAUUUAAAAAAAUCUAGACAUCCAUUCAAUCAUAAAUUUUAGGUUGUUUAUCAAUUUCCAAAGUUUUAUUAAUCUGGCAGACUUUUUAAAUUGUUAUGUGGCCAUGCACAAUGUUUAUUUAUAUCAAUUUAUUCUGUGACAUUGGCAAACUAUAGCAAUAUAUUAGAACAGGCGUCUGAAGCCACACCCCUCAUAAACCAAGUAAUCACAAUCCUUUUUUUAAUAUGUGGGUGCAGUAUAUUGAAACAUUGGGAUAUCUCUGCAAAAAAUACUAUUGCCAAAGCCUACUUUAAAAAAAAAAGUAAAAUUUUAGAGUAUCUGUUCUAAAAACCAGCACUGCAGUGAAUGGAGAAUACUUGUUUUGUGUUUUGUUUUCAGAUACUUGCAUUAAGGUUGGGAUUUGCCCUUUAUCCCAUUAUUUGUUUAAAUCACUAUACAUUUAUUCACAAACCACUAACUGGCCUCCCUAAUGAUUUCCAGAGAAUAUGACAAACUGUCAGUUUCAAUUCCUCAGAUUGAGGUAACCAAUUUGAAUGUUUUGGUUUGGAAUUCAUGCAGGUACAAAACUUGAUGCUCGGAAAUAUGAAUCAUUCCAAUAGUGUGUUCAGAAAGAAAUAACACUUUUUUGUACAUUUCACUGUUUUUGCAUACAGGCUAUGAUCUAUUUACCAUGGCAUCUUUGAUGAAUUAACUUGACACUCUGGCAAGCAAAAGUUGACUGGCUAACUGGAUCAUUUGAAUUCAUAUUGUUCAGUUCCUUAGCUGGAUUUUUGUUUACCAUGCAGUUGAGUUGAUCCAUGUGGAAGGUGCAGUUCUGCCGUAAGAUAGAGCUCACACAGCUGCUGUGUUUGUUUAUCUACUCAAAGCUUUUGAUGUCGAAGAUCUGUUUGUUUUUCAGAAAAUUCACCCCCCCCUCCCCCCCCAACCCCACUACUCCUGCAACCCUUCUCCUACUGCCCUUUGUCUUUCUCUCCCCCAGUCACUUCUUAAAUGCUUCUGGAAAUUUUGUUCAUGUAGAUUUUAAUAACCUUGUAAAAUAACUUUUUCUCUGCUAAUGUGCAUUUCCUGCAUUGUACAGAGGAGCUCUGACUGUGUAUGUAAUUUGUUAAUAAAUUAGAAUCCUAAGUGA